AUGAUACAUCGAAUUUCUCUACGCUUUUUCUCUUCAGAUGUGCCAGUUUUAAGUAAGUACAGCCGACAUCUAUGCCACGUCAAACUCAACCGUCCUAAAUCAUUGAACUCUAUGAACAUUGAGAUGUUUGAUGUCCUCAUGCAAAAUCUAAAAGAUUGGGAUCAAGACAAGGACACCUGCGCUGUUCUUGUCACUGGGGAAGGUGAAAAAGCAUUUUCAGCCGGUGGAGACAUAAAAUCAGUCUACGAGGCCAAACAAAAAGACCCGAAAUCAACUCUCCCAUCAAUUUUCUUUCGAAAGGAAUAUGUCACUGAUUAUGGCUUUGCCCGAAUGAGGCCAAUCCAAAUUAGUGUAUGGGACGGGAUUACUAUGGGUGGAGGUGCUGGUAUUACAAUUCAUUCACCUAUAAGAAUCGCCACAGAAAGGUCAAUUUUUGCAAUGCCAGAAUGUGGGAUCGGUCUAUAUCCAGACGUGGGGUCAAGCUAUUUCUUAUCAAGACUUCCAGGAAGCUUAGGCUUAUACUUAGCAGUCACUGGGAGCAGGCUAAACUCAACUGAAUUAGUUCAAGCAGGGGUUGCCACUCAUUAUGUCCCUAGUGACAGAAUCGCUGAUCUGACUGAACAGCUCAUUGAAAAAGUCAAUCCACAUACAAAUGUUGUGGGAAUUAAAAAACUUGUCGAUAAAUUUGCUGAAAAAGUUGACGAAAAUAAUAGUUUUUAUGAAGAAAUUGAAAAACACUUUGGAGGAGUCACAAGUCUUGAAGAAAUUCAUACAAGAUGUGCAGCUUCACAAUCAAACUUUGGGAAAAAAACGUAUCAAGACUUGAUGAAACUGAGUCCUGUAUAAUUUAUUAAGGUAAAUAUUCAAAAAACUGUAGUAAAUUAAAUAUUAAUAAAAAAUGAUAAAUAUAUAAUAUAGGAAAGGAUAUCACAAAAAGUAGCAUUUGAACAGAUAAGGAGAGGUAUACAGAUGAGUUUGGAAGAAGUUUUCACAAUGGAAUAUAGGAUUUCAAUGAACUUUGCAGCUGGUGAUGAUGUAUAUGAAGGAGUGAGAGCGAUUUUGGUAGAUAAAGAUAAAUGUCCUAAGUGGAGCUUCAAGAGUGUAUUUGAAGUGCCUGAUAAACUUAUAAUGCAAUAUUUCGAAAGACCUUCAUCGCCGGAUUUUAAGGACUUAUAUGUCAGAUCUGAACUGAGAAAAUUCUUAGAAAUGAAAAGAGAUUACAUAAUUACUACUUAA